UUCUUAUUUUAGGGAAGCUGAUUGGAAUAAAGCAUUUAAUUUUUCUUCUGAUUUGGACUUUGUGUCUACUUGCAUUCGGAAGACUAAAGGAGAUAUUUUGCAACGGUUGUGUACAGCAGCAGAAAUAAAAUUUUACUUAAAUAGCUUAUUGGAGAGGUCUAGCACUAGGAGUGCCAACUAUUUAAAGCCUAACAGGAACUGCAAUUUAAACUCAUGGGUAUCAGGUUGUGAGCCAGGAUGGGCAUGUAGUGUUCCCACAAGCCAGCAGGUUGACCUUAUAAAUUCACAGGAGAUUCCUGCCAGAACUCUAAACUGCGAAGCAUGUUGUGAUGGGUUCUUCUGUCCCCAUGGUAUCACAUGCAUGAUACCUUGCCCUCUUGGAUCUUAUUGCCCUAGUGCUGUACUCAAUAGCACAACUGGUGUUUGUGAACCAUAUCUUUACCAACUGCCUCCAAUGCAGCCAAAUCAUACCUGUGGAGGAGCAAAUAUUUGGGCAGAUAUUAGUAGCAGUAGUGAGAUAUUUUGUUCGGAAGGAUCAUAUUGCUCCACCAUUACAAAAAAAAUUCCUUGUAGUAGUGGGCAUUACUGUAGGAUGGGUUCCACAUCUGAGCAAAGCUGCUUCAAGUUGAGUUCAUGUGAUUCAAACACCGUGACCCAAAAUAUUCAAGCGUAUGGAAUCAUGCUCAUUGUUGCUUUGAGUACUUUGUUACUCAUUAUCUAUAGCUGUUCUGACCAAGUUCUGACUACUAGAGAAAGGAGAAUGGCAAAGUCCAGAGAAGCAGCAGCCAGAAGUGUAAGAAAGACUGCAAAUGCUCGCCAAAGAUGGAAAGAUGCAAAAGAUGCUGCUAAAAAGAGUGCAAGUGGACUGCAAGCUCAACUAUCACGAUCAUUUACUUGGAAAAAGGACAUAGAUCCGGAAGAAAUUAGAAUUUUGAAUCAACCAACUACUGAAACAAAGAUAGAAUUGUUUUCACAUUCACAUCCUAUUACCUCACCUAUGAUUGGUAGCUCAUAUGCUGGGCCAAAGAGAAAGGGAAAAGAACCUAGUGAUUUGAUGCAGACCAUGAAUCAAGUGGAAAAGGAUGUAAAUGUGAGCAACAUUCUUGCAGAAACAGAAAUUCGAGCAAAAAAUGUUACAGCAAAAGUGUCUAAGGAAAAACAUCCGAAUACACAUAGCCAAAUUUUUAAGUAUGCAUACGCUCAACUUGAGAAAGAAAAGGCUCAACAAGAAGAAAACAAGAACCUUACCUUCUCAGGAGUAAUUAGUAUGGCUACCAAAAGUGAACAAAGGAAAAGGCCUUUGAUUGAAAUAUCUUUCAAAGAUCUGACUCUUACUUUGAAAGCACACAAUAAACUUAUAUUGAGAUGUGUCACGGGGAAGAUUAAACCUGGACGCAUCACUGCUGUCAUGGGUCCAUCAGGUGCUGGCAAGACAACUUUUCUUUCUGCAAUAGCUGGGAAGGCAUUUGGAUGCAAGGUGACUGGUUCGAUUUUUGUAAAUGAAAAUAAUGAAUCAAUCCACUCAUUUAAGAAAAUUAUUGGUUUUGUGCCACAAGAUGAUAUAGUUCAUGGAAACCUGACUGUGGAAGAAAACUUCCGGUUCAGUGCACUGUGCAGGCUACCUGCUGACUUGCCAAAGCCAGAAAAAGUUCUGAUUGUUGAAAGAGUUAUUGAAUUCUUGGGGCUUCAAUCAGUGCGGAAUUCUUUGGUUGGAACUGUAGAAAAGCGAGGAAUCUCUGGAGGCCAAAGGAAACGUGUAAAUGUUGGAUUGGAAAUGGUCAUAGAACCUUCACUCAUGAUCCUGGAUGAACCCACUUCUGGGUUGGACAGUGCAUCAUCUCAACUCCUUCUUAGAGCACUAAGACGGGAAGCUCUUGAAGGAGUGAACAUUUGCAUGGUGGUUCACCAACCCAGCUACGCUUUGUUUAAUAUGUUCGAUGACUUGAUACUCCUGGCAAAAGGUGGCCUUACUGUAUAUCAUGGAUCAGUCAAGAAAGUUGAAGAAUACUUUGCAGACCUCGGGAUAAAUAUACCAAAACGAAUUAAUCCUCCUGAUUACUUCAUUGACAUUUUGGAAGGCAUAGCAGUACCUAGUGGAAGUUCAGAAGUCAGUUAUAAGGAGCUGCCACUUAGAUGGAUGCUUCAUAAUGGAUACCCCAUACCUCCUGAUAUGCAGCAGAAUGCAGCACAACUUGGUAUGUUUGAAACUGCAAACCCAGCUAGAGAAAAAGAUCCCGAUGGCUCUAGCCAUGAAGAAAGAAGCUUUGCUGGAGAAUUAUGGCAUGAUGUGAGACAUGCGAUGGAACUAAAGGGGGAGAAAAUAAGAUUCAAUUUUUUUAAAUCGAAGGAUUUAUCUGAACGUAAAACUCCUGGUAUAUUCAAGCAAUACAAAUACUUCCUUAUACGGGUUGGUAAACAGAGAUUACGAGAAUCUAAGAUCCAAGCUAUAGAUUAUUUAAUAUUAUUACUUGCUGGAGCCUGCUUAGGAUCACUUACCAAAGCUAGCGAUCAGACCUUUGGUGCAGCUGGAUACACCUAUACAGUGAUUGCUGUAUCUCUUUUAUGCAAAAUAUCUGCCCUGAGAUCCUUUUCUCUAGACAAAUUACACUACUGGAGGGAGAGUGAUUCUGGCAUGAGCAGCUUGGCUUAUUUCCUCUCCAAAGACACAAUCGAUCAUUUCAAUUCAGUGAUCAAACCUGUGGUUUACCUGUCAAUGUUCUACUUUUUUACCUAUCCAAGAUCAACUUUUGCAGAUAAUUACAUUGUGCUGCUUUGUCUUGUAUAUUGUGUGACUGGCAUAGCAUAUGCAUUUGCCAUACUCUUUGAACCCGGUGCAGCCCAGCUAUGGUCGGUACUUCUUCCAGUUGUUUUUACUCUCAUUGCGACACAGCCAAAAGAUAGUAAAUUUUUGAAGGAUAUAGCUUAUUUUUGCUACCCUAGGUGGGCUUUAGAAGCGUUCAUAAUUGCAAAUGCUGAAAGGUAUCACGGGGUGUGGCUCUUAACUCGUUGUGGUUCACUACUGAAAAGUGGGUAUAAUCUUCAUGAUUGGGGUUUGUGCAUAUCUAUCCUCAUUCUCAUGGGUGUAAUUUCUCGGACAGUAGCAUUUUUCUGUAUGCUCACCUUUCUAAAGAAAUAAGGCCAAUCUGGGAGCUGUCACAGUCACAAACUAGAACUUGGGGUGUGCAAAUAUGAAGGAAAACAUAUACUUCUGGAUCGAGUACUUUAGUAUCCUCAUAGUUCAAGAAUGUGUGAUUAAUGCGUUGGGGCUGAUGUUGGUUAUUUACUCAU